GAAGCCUAAGAUCAAAUCUGGAAAUUCAGGUAGUUACUUACUACCAUACUGGGUGUAUCCUUACUAAUAGUAACAUCAAUGUCAUUUAUAGAAGACAAUAGUUGGACAUAAAUGUUCAUCAGAUUGUCUUAAUGACCUAUGAAUUGACUAGUUUGCAAAUAUAUUUUGUCUGGACAGCCCCUUCCAUGAACUUCCACAUGAGCUUUACAAAAAAAAAAAUCAUGAAAUCUUACUAUAUGAGUCUUACCCACUUCUCAAUCAGAUAGCCCUUUGUAUGGCAUCCCAUGGUCUGAACUAUUGUAUCCUUCGAGAAAAGCAAUUUUCCGGCAACAUGAUGAUUCUUGUAUUAUAGUUAUAGUUUUGUGACUAUAAUCUUCUUUGUCCUGUAUUUUUUUCUUGCUUAAAUAUAGUCUUUAAUGUUUUUCCUCACUCCCAUGCUGAAGCUAAACAUGUGUAUUACUAGCAACUAAAUAGAUAUUCUAUUACUGUAGAUGGACAAAAGUUGGAUGUAUGUCACUGAUAGGUUUAGGUCUACAGAAUAUGCCCAAGGGGUUAGGCAGUUUCAGACAAUGGCUCGAGCUCAUGCCGCAGGAAAUAACACCGCGAGGUGUCCAUGUCGUAGAUGUUGUAAUAAUUUAUUUCUACCUAUAAGUGAGGUGGAAGAGCAUUUAUUUAUUACCGAAAUAGAUUCAAAUUACACUGAGUGGAUAUUUCAUGGGGAGCAAGAAUCUCUGAAUUUCAAUGACACCGAUGAAGAUGAUGAAGACAAUGGUGACGAUUGUUACAUUGAUGACUUCGACGAUAUGACAUUCAUGCUGCUACCUGCUUAGGUGUUCAUGAAGACCCAACCACACAUAGUGGAAGUUGCACCUUUGUCGAACCAAAACCAACCACUUUUGAGCAUCUGGUGGAAGAUGCUCUGCGUCUACUCUAUGAUGGUUGCAAAACCUUUUCAAAACUAUCAUUCAUUGUCAAGUUGCUCCACAUACUUCUUAAACUACGGUUGGCGGUUAGAGUGUAAAGUCAUUUGACAUGCUUCUUAAACUAUUGAAGACUGCUUUUCCCGAUUCACAGUUGCCUAACUCUUUACAUAAGGCACGGUCAUUGGAGCGAGGCUUGGGUUUAGUUACAUAAAAAUACCCCCAUGUCCAAAUGAUUGCUAAUUAUUUUGGAAGGAAAACUCCAACAAACAAGAGUGCCCUAACUGUAAGGCAUCGAGGUGGUUGUCCACCACACGUAAGCAACAAUCAGUACCCCAAAAGGUAUUGCGAUACUUCCCACUAAAGCCAAGAUUGCAACGACUCUUUAUGUCGAAGAAAACUGCAGCUUCCAUGAGAUGGCAUAAAUCGCAAAGGGUGGAGGAUGAAAAAUGGGUUUGUCACAGGCAUGACGGAAGAUCUUUACAAUCAAAUGGUGGAAAAAUUGAAUGCGAUGGAACUUGAGAACCGAACUAAGGAGGCAGUGGCGGUAGUGUUUAGGGAGGUUCUUGGCAAUAGACCCGGAUAUUCUAGAGGAUUAGGGGAAAUGGUGAUGCCUGAAACGUCGGGAACCCAGCAAGGUGGUGAAAAUGCCACAGGAACAUCGCAUGAUGCACAGUACUACAAGGCAGAGCUUGAGGCAUUAAGAGCAAAUGUUCGAGAAAUAUUAGAGAAGCAAGCUGAAUUCGACAAGUUUAUGACAUACUCAAUGUCACAACAGCAAUCUUUGGGAGAGUCUCUGAGGGAGACAUGGGGAGCUGUCUGAUUUUGCGAUGGACUAUGGUUUUUUGGGGCCUAAGAGUUCAUGCUGGGAGUCAUUUUGGAAGUAAUAGUAUAGAGAUCGAUGAGUGGGCUGCUGUCAGAUUUUUGCAAAAGAUGGUGCUAGGUAAAAUGGUGCUGGGUUAAUUUCUAUAAGUUUUUUGUUAUGGGAGGUUACUGUAAGAUUUUUGCAAAACAUGGUGCUGGGUAAAAUGGGCUGCUGGCAAUCUAGCUUGAUGUACUCAUUCUCACAUGGUGAUGUUGUAAAAAAGACUAGUAUCGACUAGGAAUUGGUGUACAAAUUGGGUUAUGCAAAACAUGGUGCUGGACAACAGAAUGGGAUUCGAUUAAUCAGCUGCUUUAACAGUGGAGCAACAGGGACAGUUUAACAGGUAACCAUUUUCACUCUAAUGUUUUGGGGCAUUAUCUUGCCUUGCAUGUAUAUACUCUCAUCUAGACAUGUUUGAACGUCUGGACAUUUAAUGCUCAGUAAGAUAUGCAGCUAUCUGUAUUUAUUACAUAGCACCAGAUGGGUUGACUUUGAUUUGGUUUUUGCUAAUAUACUACAAGAUCCUUUCUCUACCAAAUUUUGUGACACAAGUUUUAUUUGUAAAGAGUAGUGGUGAUUUGGAGUAGUAUAGAUGGGUGAUACGGAAGCUUAUAUCCAGUUUCUCACAUGCAUGUAUGCUUGGAUUUAACUGGACAUUAUG